AUGGCUUUUGCUGCAAACAUUACCACCGACAAGUCAGCCCUGCUUGCUCUUAAAGCCCACAUCACAAACGACCCCUAUGGCAUUAUCACAAACAAUUGGUCUACAACUUCCUCAGUUUGCAAUUGGGUUGGCAUAGGGUGUAGUAUUAAGCACAACAGAGUCACAAGCUUAAACUUUUCUUAUAUGGAUCUCACAGGUUCAUUUCCUCCUGAAAUUGGAACUCUCUCUUUCCUCACCUACGUUAUCAUCAUGAACAACAGCUUUCAUGGUCCACUUCCAAUUGAGCUCAUUUAUCUACCUCGGUUGAAGCUACUCAACAUUGCAUACAACGACUUCAGUGGAGAGAUUCCCUCUUGGUUAGGGCGACUGCAGAGAAUAGAGAAACUGUAUCUUUUGGGAAAUCAGUUCUCUGGCCCCAUUCCCACCUCCCUUUUCAACUUAACUUCACUUCAAAUACUUAAUCUACGAUUCAACCAGCUUUCAGGAGGCAUACCAAGGGAAGUUGGCAACCUGACGAUGCUUGAAAGUUUAUAUCUUCAUGGUAAUCAACUCACAGAGGCUAGGGUAAUAAAUGAGAUUACCUUACCUGAGGAUUGUGAAUUUAGUAAACAAAUUUCUUUCGGCAUAGCAGAAAUCCCGUCGGAGAUUGGAAAGCUUCGAAGGCUGAAGAAAUUGGACCUUGAAAUGAAUUUAUUUUCAGGGCCGAUUCCUUCGGUGAUCUUCAACCUUUCGUCUCUAGUGGCGUUGGGUCUAACCUGGAAUAACUUCACCGGCUGGGUUCCGGACGACAUCUGUGAAAAUCUUCCGGCACUGGAAGGAUUGUAUUUGUCUGAUAAUCAGCUCUCCGGUGGACUUCCUUCGACGCUGUGGCGAUGUGAAAAUCUUAGGGAUUUGUCACUGUCAAAUAAUCAGUUUACGGGAAGCGUACCCAGAAAUUUCGGGAACUUAUCUCGCCUGACGAACCUCUUCCUCGGGGCCAAUUAUUUGUCGGGUGAGAUACCUUAUGAGUUGGGUUACCUUCAAAAUCUCAAGUUUUUGGGGUUGCAAAUGAACUUCUUCAAUGGCACAAUACCAUCAGCAAUCUUCAAUCUUUCAAAUUUAGCUACCAUGGCUCUUAUUAAGAAUCAACUUUCUGGUACUCUCCCACCAGAUUUUGGAGUCGGACUUCCCAAUCUUGUUCAGUUUACUAUAGGACUAAACAAACUCACAGGAACUAUUCCUGAAUCUAUCUCCAAUGCUUCUAUGCUCACUCUCUUUGAUAUUUCAGCAAACUCAUUUUCUGGGUUAAUUCCUACUGCUUUUGGUAAACUUAAAAACCUUCAGUGGUUUGGUUUGCAGUUCAACAACUUCACCACUGAAUCUCUCCCUUCUCAAAGGAGUAUUUUUAGUUUUCUAACCAACUUAACAAGCUUGGUUUGGUUGGAGUUGUCACAUAAUCCUUUAAACAUCUUCUUCCCAAGCUCCAUUGGAAACUUCUCUGCUUCACUGCAAUACAUUUCAAUGGUGAAUGCUGGAAUGAAAGGUCAGAUUCCUAAAGAUAUUGGCAACUUAAGAGCAUUGACAGUCCUAGCCAUGGAUGACAAUGAAAUUAUUGGAAAUGUUCCAGCUUCAAUAGGGAAACUAAAACAACUUCAAGGUCUCCAUCUCAGUAACAACAACUUAGAAGGAAUCAUCCCGAUGGAAUUUUGUCAACUGACGAACUUGAUUGAGUUGUUUUUAGGUAAUAACAAGCUCUCUGGUUCACUACCUGCAUGCUUUGAUAAACUCUCAAGUUUAAGAACUCUGUCACUGAGCUCCAACAACUUCAAUUCUACAAUGCCAUCGUCUUUGUGGAGCCUAUCUUAUAUCCUGCACCUGAACUUGUCAUCAAAUUCUUUGAGUGGGUCUCUCCCAGCAGACAUUGGGAAUCUAAAAGUUGUGUUGGAUAUAGAUCUCUCAAAAAAUAAACUCUCUGGUGAGAUUCCAAGCAGCAUUGGAGGCCUUGCAGAUUUGGUUAAUCUUUCAGUAUCGCACAAUGAGCUACAAGGCUCUAUUCCAAACUCAUUUGGCAAUUUGGUUGGUCUGAAAACUUUGGACUUGUCUAGCAAUAACUUAACUGGUGUGAUUCCGAAGUCUUUGGAGAAACUGUCUCGUCUUGAGCAUUUUAACGUGUCCUUUAACCAACUAGAAGGAGAAAUUCCAAAUGGGGGUCCUUUUUCCAACUUCUCAGCUCAAUCAUUCAUCUCAAAUCGUGGGCUAUGUGCUGCUUCUUCUAGACUCCAAGUCCCACCUUGCACAACAAAUACAGUCCAACGGUCAAGGAAGAAAACAAAUAUACUGGUAUUUAUCCUUGUGCCUACCUUGUUAACCAUAUUUUUAUUGAUACUUGUAUUACUUUUCUUCAAAUUCCGAUUGAGGGGGAAGAAAGAACAAGUACUUGAGGAUAGUCUGGUGCCUUAUCAACCAACAUGGAGAAGAACCACAUACCGGGAAAUCUCACAAGCAACACAAGGAUUUAGUGAAAACAAUUUGGUCGGUCGAGGGAAUUUUGGAUCAGUCUACAAGGCAACACUGUCAGAUGGAACCAUUGCUGCUGUAAAGGUGUUCAAUUUGCUGGCUGAGAAUGCAUACAAGAGCUUUGAAGCAGAGUGCGAGAUUUUGUGCAAUAUACAUCACAGAAACCUUGUCAAAAUCAUCACAAAUUGCAGCAGUAUGGAUUUCAAAGCAUUGGUGCUAGAAUUCAUGCCAAACGGAAGUCUUGAGAUGUGGCUGUAUCAUCAAGAUCAUUGCUUGAACAUCCUUGAGAGAUUGAAUAUAAUGGUGGAUGUUGCUUCAGCCCUUGAUUAUCUCCACCAUGGUUAUGGGAAACCUAUAGUUCAUUGUGAUCUGAAACCCAGCAAUAUACUGUUAGAUGGAGAUAUGGUUGCACACUUGACAGAUUUUGGGAUUUCAAAACUCUUGGGAGGAGGAGAAUCUGUUAUGCAAACCAUGACCCUUGCGACUGUGGGAUACAUGGCUCCAGAGUUAGGAUUGGAUGGCAUUGUUUCAAGAAGAGGUGAUGUUUAUAGUUAUGGCAUUCUGCUGAUGGAAACAUUCACAGGAAAGAAGCCCACUGAUGAAAUGUUUUCUGCACAAGGAAUUUGCUUGAGAGAAUGGGUAGCCAAAUCAUAUCCUCACUCAGUAAAUAACGUUGUAGAUUCCAAUCUGCUAAUGGAUGACAGAAUAACUUACAAUCAUAGGAGUGAGUGCCUAUCAUCCAUUAUGUUGUUGGCCUUGUCUUGCACAGUAGAAUCACCAGAGAAGAGGGCAAGUUCCAAAGAGAUUCUUGACUCAAUCUGCAAGAUCAAGGCAAAUUUUUUGAAAAAUGCAAGGUGUUAGCAAGGAUUCCAAUCAUAAUCUCAACACUAAAUAUUGGAGCUGUGAAUAGGAAUAAUAUCUCUCUGUUUAUAGGAAAUAUAAAUGAGUCAAAAGUGAACCUUUUUUUUUAU